AGUCUUUAGCCGUAGGUCCGUUCUGUGUUGUGCGUUUGCGUCCGUGUCACCCACCGCCCGAACCCACCCGUGCAACACUUGUGUCCUGUUGGCGGUCGAAGUGGGGACUACGCCAGCUCUGUACGCCGUGUGUUUGUUGCUGUAUUGAUAUUAUCAUCGAUGUCGUCGUCGUCGCGAAUUAUCACAGACGCGACCGUUCAUGUUUAGAUACACCAAAUCAUAAACACAAUUUUUUUUUUUACUAGUCUGCGCAAAGGUAGUAUCGUGUUACGUUCCACAGAGUUUUCAGCCAACGUUCAUCUUACAAUUUUCCGGAUAACUGUGUUUGCGGAGACUACUUGAUUAGUUAUAGUUUUGCUAAUACUAUAGCGAAAUAACUUUGCGUUGUUCAUCAAUUGUUCCAUUUCGAUGAUUCCAGAAGUUCUGUUGCCUUCUUCUAAAAUGCUGUCGUACAUAACAGUUUACAUGAGCAAAUUAAAAAAUGAGUGAGGGGUCGGCACAACAACAGCCUGCCACUGAUGUUCAACAAAUGCAACAAUCACAGCAACAACAGCAGCAGCAACAGCAACAACAAAAUCAGCCACAGCAAUCUCAACAACAGGCACAACCCCAACAAACUCAACAGAUGCAACAAAUGCAACAGCCACAGCAAAUACAAGUUAUGAUCCAGCAACCUCAGAGUCAGGUAGAUAUGCAGCAGCAACAGCAACAGCAACAGUCACAACAGCAAGUACAACAACAGCAACAAUCUCAACAAGUUGCUGUAGCUAAUGGUCAGCAGACAAUUACUAUGCAAAUGUCAUCUGAUGGAACGAACAAUGGCUCUGUACAACUUCCUCACUCUUCGGCUCCAAUGGCAACUAUAGAAACUUCUGGGCAAAUGCAAAUAUCAACCAUGCAGCCUCAGCAGCAACAAGGUCAAGUACAAAUGACAAAUAUGCAAACUCAACAACAGGGUCAAGUUCAACAACAUCCUAUGCAAGCUCAAACUCCUGCACCACAGCAACAAGCUCAAAUUCAACAAAUUAAUGAUUGGAGUCACGGAAGAGUUCAACUAAUUCAACAAGGUGCUCAAUUUUUGCAAUACAACGCCCAGGGUCAAUUGAUUAUGCCUGGAACAAUGUUACAACAUCCAACUUCUGGUGCUAUACAAGUGAUAGCUGCUCCAAAUAAACAGUUUCAAUCUCAGCAAAUGAUCACUACAGCUAAUGCACACAAACAAGUAAUAUCACAAGGACAAGCAACUACAUUUCCAACUGGAUAUGCUGCUAUACCAACUACUACUAAUCAAACACUUGUAAUUGGUCAGUUAGGAGUCAUCAGUAGUCAGCCUAAUAUGAAGCAAAACGAAAUGCAACAAACAUAUACAACUUGUUCUACUGGAAGAACAGUGCAGCAAAAUACACAACCAAUGCAAUUUUCUCCUUGGCAAUUUAAUACAUCACUUCCCCAAGGAAUCACGUGGGCUACACCUCAACCUCAAGCAUUAUUAACUACCCAAAAUCAUCCUAUAUUUAUUAGAGGAGCUCCACAACAAGAUGGCCAACAACAACAAGUACAAACACCAAUGUUUAUACAAAGCCCUCCACCUCAACACCUUCAACAGCAUCAUGGUCAAACUAUGAUGCAAACAAGUAGUGGUGUUAUGCAAAAUAUAGGACAAAUGGUCAGUGGAGGAACAACCACAACUAUAAAAUCGCAACGAGCUGAUAUACAACCCAAAGUAGUAACAAAUACUUCUAGUAUGGGUGCUAAUCGUCAACUUUCAAUUUUACCUUCUGGACAUACAAUACGUCCAAAUGCAACAAUUUCCACUCAAACAUCUACUGGAGUACAACAUUUAAAUCAAAUGCAAAAAACUCAAUUGAAAGUUAGACCUAAAACUAAUGUACGUGGUUUUAGUAUAGCUCCUCAUAAAUCAGAUGCAGCAAAUCAAACUAAUCAAACUAAAUCUGCCCAAUCACCACAAACUAUUAAUACAAAUAAGAUGAUUUUAACAAGUUCUGGGCAAAUUGUACCACAAAUUCAACAACAAACAAUGCAAGUUCAACAUUUACAACAACAACAGCAACAACAUGCUCAACAACAAAUUAAAUUAGUUAGUAUGCAAUCUCCAAAUCAUCAAAUUGUAAGCAUGCAAUCUCCUCAAGUUGCCUUUCAACAACAACAAAUAAUUAAGCCUAAUACAAGUAUGAUGAGCAUGUCUGUGAACUCUCCUCAAAAAAUUCAUAUUCAUCAGUUCCAGCAAGGUCAAGCAAUUGUUAGUAGUCAGCCUCAACAACAAAUUGCUAUACUUGAUAGACCUGUGAUUCCAGUUGUUUCUUGUGCUCCCCAAGUAUCAAUACAAUCCCAAAUUUCUGUUCUACCUCAAGUUCAAACAACUUCAGUUAUACCCUCUCCUGUGAAAUCUGAUGAAACAACUAAAAGUAUUGUUCAGCCACAAGAAACAGUUAAUGUUUCAGUGCCUGAAGUACAUGAAACUUCUACAGUUUCAUUACCUGUUGCAACAAAUGAAGAUAAUAGUAGAGAUAAAGGAUUACCUAAAGCACUUGUAAAACCUCAAGUUUUAACACAUGUGAUUGAAGGAUUUGUUAUUCAAGAAGCAGAUCAACCAUUCCCAGUGAAUCGGUCUUGUACUCUGGCUGAUAUAGCAAGUAGUACUCAAGAUAAAGAAAAUAUCAAAUUAAAUGAUGAACCUCCAAAUAAAAAGUGUAAAUCUGAAAACAGCCCUCAAGAUAAAAGUAAAUGUGACUAUUGUGGAAAGCAACAAGAAUUGCAAAAAUUAAAAGUAAAAAAGAAAUCAAAGCGUUUUUGCUCCCAAGAAUGUUCUAAAAUGUUUGAAAAUAAUUUGAAAAAUGGAUCUGUUGAUAAGAAAAAUGGCAAAAAUUGGGAAUGUGAAAGUAAUGGUUCAAUUGGUGAUUCAAGUAAUACAAGUUCAUCCAUUGAUCAAUCAAAUCGUAUACAAAUUAAUUUAGAUAAGACUGAUAUAAAUCCCGAGUUGUCUUCAAUUAAUCCUCUUACAUGGACUGUCAAAGAUGUUAGAAAAUUUAUUGGUGAAUUAACUGAAAGUGAAGAAAUAGCUGCUGAUUUUGAAAGCCAUGAAAUUGAUGGACAAGCUUUAAUGUUGCUUAAAGAGGAUCACCUUAUCCGGGAUAUGUCAAUGAAGUUAGGACCGGCUCUUAAAAUUUUUGCUAAGUUAGAUACAAUGCGAUUGGAAAAUCCAGAAAUUUUACCACCUACUAAUAAUGCUUAAAAAAAGACUGUCUCUGUAUUCAUUUUCUUCGGUGAAGAUUUUGUAAUGUAUUUAUUUUCAUUCAGUUGGCACUGAUAGUUCAUUACUUGGUAUAAUAUUUUAGUUUAUUUUAAUAGAUGUGAAGUUUUAACUGUUUGUUAAAUUGGCGCAUUAAACUUAAUUUUAUAAACCAUGUCAUUUUUGUAGUACUUAGUUUGGUUAAGUAUUUAAUAAAUAUGAAUAAUUUUUUUAUGAAUUACUUCCUAGUCCUUGACUUUGUAUUCUUAAUUUAUACUUUGUAACAACUAAGCAAAAUUGAUUUUAUAUGGUGUAUUAUAAUUUUUGUGACUCAUAGUUCAUACUCAAUAUUUCUAAUUAAGUUAAGCUUAUUACAUGAUUCUAUAAAUAAAUGUAUAAAUUCAGGAUUUCUUUACUAUAAUAUUAAUAGUUUUAUAUAUAAUUAUAUUAUUGGUAAUAUUGACUCGUAAAAUAUUUAUACUUUAGUAUAUGAAUAAAAUUAAGUGAUUUUCAAU